AUUGUUUCUUGCGAAAAAAAAUCUGAGCAGAUUUUGUGCUGUAAAAAUAGUUUAUUUAAUACUUUAAGUUUUUAUCAUUCAUUCAAUCAAAUUUAUCACCUAUAAUGGAAGUAACAGACGAAAAUUUAGUAACUCUCGCUAAUUAUUUGCAGCAAACAUUAAAUCCUGACCCGAAUAUACGAAGACCCGCUGAGAAAUUUCUAGAAGGUGUCGAGGUUAAUCAGAAUUAUGCGAUACUUCUACUUCACCUAAUUGAUAAAGAUGGAGUUGAUAUGACCAUCAGGGUAGCCGCUGCUAUAGCAUUCAAAAAUUAUAUUAAAAGAAAUUGGGCUGUGGAUGAAGAUGGAGCAGACAGGAUACACAUUUCAGACAGAAAUACCAUCAAAACUCUCAUUGUGUCACUUAUGCUGAAGUCCCCUGAAGCGAUACAGCGUCAAUUUAGUGAUGCUGUGUCUAUCAUUGGCAAAUGUGACUUUCCAGAGAAAUGGCCCAGCCUUAUACCAGAGAUGGUGGAGAAAUUUGCUACCGGUGAUUUUCAUGUCAUCAAUGGUAUCCUUCGGACGGCGCAUUCACUAUUCAAACGGUACAGAUAUGAGUUCAAAUCACAAAAACUUUGGGAGGAAAUCAAACAUGUAUUGGAUCAUUUCGCCAAACCAUUGACAGAUUUAUUUUUGGCCACAAUUGAUCUCACCACUAAACAUGCUGACAAUCCUCAAGCACUUCUCAUCAUAUAUGGAUCAUUAGUCCUCAUAUGUAAAGUGUUUUAUUCACUAAACUACCAGGAUCUGCCAGAGUUUUUCGAGGACAAUAUGCCUAUAUGGAUGCCGAAUCUUCUCAACUUGCUGCAAGUCAAAGUGCCUUGUUUGGAAAGUGAUGGUGAUGAAGAUAAACCGGGUGUUCUUGAACAAUUGCGCAAGGAAGUAUGCGAAUGUGCAUCCCUGUACGCACUUAAAUAUGAACCCGAGUUCGUUCCGUACGCACCCGGGUUCGUGACGGCCGUCUGGACUGUUCUACUGUCGACCAAUACACAGCCUAGAUAUGAUGCGUUGGUGUCCAACGCCCUAACAUUUUUAGCGAAGAUCGCUGAGAAGAACAGUUACAAGAGUUUAUUCGAAGACCCGGCGACUUUGAGCAGUAUAUGCGAGAAAGUCGUCAUACCCAACAUGGAGUUUAGAGAAUCGGAUAUGGAAUUAUUUGAGGAUAACCCCGAAGAGUACGUCCGUAGAGACAUAGAGGGCUCUGAUGUAGAUACAAGAAGGCGAGCCGCUUGCGAUCUGGUGCGAACACUGUCACAGCAGUAUGAAGAUAAAAUAAUGAAUAUCUUCGGACAGUAUGUACAGCUGAUGCUGCAGAAGUACAGUGAGGGUGGCGGUGGGGCGUGGCGCGGCAAGGACGCCGCCAUGUACCUGGUGACGUCACUCGCGUCCCGCGGCGGCACGCAGGCGGCCGGCGUCACGCGCGCCUCGCCGCUAGUGGACCUGGGCCAGUUCGCCGCCAAUCACGCGAUACCUGAACUGCAACGGGCCGACGUGAACGAGUUGCCAGUUCUGAAGGCUGACGCCAUCAAGUAUCUGAUGACCUUCCGCUCGCUGUUGCCUAAAGAACUGCUUAUUAACGCCUUCCCGUUAUUGAUUAAACAUAUAUCUGCGCGCGGCGUUGUCUGUACAUACGCGGCGUGCGCUAUAGAUAAGCUACUGGUAGCCGGUAUUGUUCCGUGUGCGGCUCUACAACCUCACGCUGCUACAUUACUGGCUUCAUUACUGGCCACGCUGGACGCGAACGAUCCCGCGAAACAUAACGAGUAUGUUAUGAAAGCAAUCCUCCGUACCCUAUCUAGCUUGCAAGACAGCGCGUUGCCUUAUUUAAGUGAAGCUCUACCAAAACUUGCUCACAUGCUCGCUGUCGUUUCAAAGAAUCCAUGCAAGCCACACUUCAACCAUUACUUGUUUGAAACACUAUCACUGGCUGUAUCACUGGUCACUAAGUCCAAUCCUAAUGCUAUCUCAGCAUUCGAGGAUGCCUUGUUCCCGAUAUUUCAAGACAUCUUACAGAAUGACGUUCAAGAGUUCAUGCCGUACGUGUUUCAAAUGCUUUCGCUGCUAUUGGAGUUACGCGGCGGGGGCGGGGUGGGGUCGGGAGCGGGUGAGGGGGGUGACGGCGACGCGUACGGCGCCCUCCUUCCUUGUCUAGUGGCGCCCCCUCUGUGGGAGCGAGCGGCGAAUGUUCGCCCGCUCGUUCGUCUGCUGUGCGCGUUCGUAGCAGCGAGGGGACCGCUCGUGUUACAAACCGGACGACUGAACGCUAUGCUGGGUGUGUUCCAAAAGCUGAUAGCGUCGAAGACUAACGAUCACGAAGGGUUCUAUCUCAUACAGACUAUGCUCUACAAAUUCGGCGAGUCUGUGAUGCAGCAGUAUGCUAAGCAGAUAAUGACAUUACUGUUCCAACGGCUGUCCUCGUCCAAGACUACUAAGUAUGUGCGUGGACUAAUAGCAUUCCUCGGAUUCUACGCGGCACAUUUUGGACCAGACAAUCUAAUACAACUGAUCGAUUCUGUGCAAGCGAAUAUGUUCGCGAUGUACGUGGAGCGAGUUUUAGUGCCGGAAUUGCAGAAAGUGGGAGGCGCUUUGGAACGUAAAGCGGCUGCAGUGGGAUGUGUGAAACUGCUCACUGAUAGCGCUCACUUCAGACAACACCUGGCGAGAUAUUGGCCACCGCUCAUGCAGGCGCUGAUAUCCUUAUUCGAAUUGCCGACGGACGAGUCCACAUUACCCGAAGAUCACUUCAUAGAAGUGGACGAUACUCCGGGAUAUCAAGCUCAGUACGCACAGCUGACCUGCGCUAAGGGAGCCGCCACUGAUCCACUAGCAAGUAUUGAUGAUCCCAAACGCUAUCUAGCUGAGAGCUUGGGCAAUCUCUCCAGGACAUCACCCGGAUUUCUGCCUCCACUGGUGGCUGCACUAGAUGAGCCUCAUCGUCAAGCCUUGCAGACCUACCUCAACGCUUACAGUGUACAGAUAUGCUGAUACGAACCGACAACCAGCAAUCUGGCGCUACUGACCGGACUCAAUUAAUCAGUGAAUAUCAGAUUAGUGAAGUGUUUGUGUUGUAAGAAUGUUUUGGCUGAGGAAAGUGUUUUGAUAUUGGGAUCUUCUAGCUGAAGUUCGUGUCGAUGGCUUUUCAGUAUAUAUUUGAUGUUCAGGUAAGAAAAGUAAAUCAAUAAAAUUAAUUGAAAUACCCACCAUAAUACACAUCAGACUAGUAAGACAUGUAAAAUUCACUCAAAUGAUUUUGAACUCUAACAUCUAUGUAUUAAGAAUUAAAAUCCGUUGGAAGGUUGCUAGCUAAGUAAUAUUAAUGUGUCUGUAGAGUGUAAAUAUGUAUUAGGAACAAGAAGUGUGCUAGGUUUUCUAUAAAACAUGAGCAAAAAGUGCACGACUGAUUAACUUGUGAAUGAAAUUCUCAAUGUGGCGCUGAGCGUCUUAUAAUAUUAAUAUUAACCAUUAGAUACAUAGUUGACGUUUCAGUUAUUGUAUGUUAAUGAAAAAUAUUUAAAAUGGCGACUACUACCCAUAUAAGUAUAUAUUUAUGUCAGCAGAUAAACUAAGUAUUUUCCUUUAUAUCUAGAUGUACCUACUUACAUUAUAUAUUUAAACUUCAUGUAUCGACGACGCUUUAUGUACGGUUUAUUUAUAUAGGAUUGAGUAGUUAUUGUGUAUGUGAAAAAGCUUGUCUCAAAAUGAUUUGUUACUGUGUCCAUCAGUGCAGCAGUGCCACACUUUGAUUUUUAAAUAAAUUGUUAAUUCUUUUAGUCGCUAUUUGUCACUAGCGAAAUUUUUCACAGACAGGCUGAGUUUAGAUAGUUGUCGUUAAACAUGUUUGUGUGGUGCUGCAGUAUUGAUGGACAUGUUAUGUCAUGUUGAAGUUACUUAUAUUUUUCCAUUAGGAAUAUUUUUCUUGGCUUAUUUGAUUGUAUCUAUAUUUGUCUGUUCAAUAAAUGUUUCAUAUUUUG